AUGAUACCACACUUCCAGCGACUGAAAAAAGACUGCCAGAGCAGAAAGCGAUUAGUCCGGACCAUUUGCGCCCACCACCCCAAAAACAACCGCCGAGCAGCGCUGAACGUCGGACGAUCUCUUAUCCACGGCAGAAUCUACGGAAUCGAGAUGACUUGCCGGAACCUAGACGGACUCUCAGACAUCCUCGGGCCCUUAUACCACGGAGCGGUGCGGCUAGCCUCCGGUCUACUACCAAAUACCCCGGCCGAAGCUGCCUGUGUAGAGGCAGGAGUACUACCCUGCUGCUGGGAAACAGCCAGGAUGGCCUUCAGAAGAGCACUGAGCUUCCUGAAGAAAACUUCGGGCGACGAGUGCCCCCUUCUCACCACCGUCUCCAACCUGCACCAGGAGUUCACCAGCAACGACCUCCCACCCAUCGCUCGUCUACACCGGGUGAGACCGCGGGCCUGGUACGACCCCGGACCCAACAUCGACGACAGCCUUGCUCGCACUAUAAAAGUUGGCGACCACCCCAGCAGCAUACUAUUUAAAUAUAGACAGCUAAUUAACCGAAGAUAUUUACAUCACACUAAAAUCUUUACCGACGGUUCCAAAGCGAACGACGGUGUAGGAGCGGGGAUCAACGGCUUGGGGAACGGGCUCUCCUUCCGCCUACCUCCCUCCUGCUCAGUUUUCUCGGCGGAAGCGGCCGCCAUUGCAGUGGGAAUGAUCAAAAGACCCACCGAUACCCCGACGGUCAUCUUUACAGACUCGCUCUCGGUCCUGAGGGACGUCGCUAGCGGGACCUCCAAACAUCCCUUCGUUCAGGCCAUCGAGACAUUUCGAGACCCACUGGUUACCAUCUGCUGGGUCCCGGAUCACAGCGGCAUUAAGGGUAACACAGAUUCCAACCGGUUAGCCCUCAUCAGCAGACGGGCCCGGACCCGGCUCCCUAAUGAAACUCCAACCAUUGACAUCAUCAGGGAAUUCAACAUUAGCUUGCAGAACGGAUUCACCAACCACUGGCGGAGUUCUCGAAAUCACACCCAAAAAAUCAAAGGCUCAGCCGACACCUGGACCGACCGAGACAGCCAGGGGGAACAAAAAAUACUCUCCCGACUCCGCGUGGGGCACACACGAGUAACUCACGCACACACCGUGUCCAGCGAGCCCGUCCCAGAAUGUGCCACCUGCAACACCCGGCUCACCGUCGAACACCUGCUGUGCAACUGCCGAAAACAGGAGGAUCCACGGCGUCAGUACGGCCUGACUGGCCCGAUACGGGACAUCCUAUCCAACGACCCGGUUCGGGAGGAGGCACUCCUCCUCUUCCUAAAAGACGCCGGCUUAUACGAUAGCAUUUAA